AUGAAGGGCCCCGGGGAAGCGGACGCAGCGUCGCAUCCGUACUACCCCGUGAACGCAGCGUUGCCGCACUACGCUGCCAACGAGACCCCCCUUGUCAAGCUACUUGUCACCUUCGCAGCCACCAUCGCCAGCGUCGUCGUCGUCACCGUCGUGGCCGCCAGGAGGACCCAUACCAAGAUGGCUUUCUUAGAUCAGCUCAGCGUAGCUUGGUUCGCGUUAUGCGGAUUUCUGCACUGCGUCUUCGAGGGGUACUUCGUCUGGAACCACCGGCGUCUCGCGGGGAUGCAGACGCUCUUUGCCCAACUCUGGAAGGAGUACGCACUCUCCGACUCGCGCUACCUGACCUCGGAUCCGUUCAUGCUUUGUGUCGAGUCCUUCACGGUCGUUAUAUGGGGGCCCCUCUGCUGGGCCAUUGUCGUCGCCCUCGCCCGGGGAAGCCAUAUGCGCCAUCCCCUGCAGAUCGUCAUGUGUGUCGGGCACCUGUACGGCGUCGUACUCUACUACUCGACCAGCUUGGCCGAGCUCUACAUCACUGGCGUCUCGCACAGUAGGAGCGAAUUCUUGUACUUCUGGGUCUACUACGUCGGCUUCAACGCCCCUUGGGUUGUGGUUCCCGCCAUACUUCUCUUCCAGAGCGUAAAGCAAAUAAAGAACCGUCUCGACGACUGUGACGCCAAUGCGGAUCCGGUAACUAUGGAUAAGGCAGCGGCGGUCACACAAUGA